AUGCGUGGUUGGGAAGAUAGCACCAGCUACUGGCGAUUGAUGGAGAGAGUCCCUGGCACAAUACUCUGGGACGCUCAGCAUGAUCUCACUUUAGAGCAGCAUCGCACAAUCGGCACGGAAAUAGCAGAGUAUCUGGCGGAAGCACGCAAAUUUACGUCGACAAAACCGGAAGCUCCAGAUGAACCCCGUAUUCGUGACCGCUCCAGCAUCCCGCGGGAAAUGAUAACGAAGUUCAAGGAGAGUUAUCCCAUCAAAGAAGGAGCAAAAUAUGUACUCUCUCAUGGUGAUCUCAACCCACGUAACAUUCUGGUAAAAGAUGGAAAUGUUACUGCUAUCAUAGAUUGGGAGCAUGGAGGUUAUCGUCCAGAAUGGUGGGAAUGGAACCAUCCAGACGAACUUACAUGGUCAUGGGUUGUUACAGAGCAGAUGAUACGGCUCGGUAUCGAUGUGGAUGUUCCUGACGAUGUGUUAGCCUGCAGGCGCAUGUAUAAUAAAUAUGUUAGGGAGCCCUCAAGUAAGGAGGUACCUAAGUACGAGCAUGAAGAAUACGAUAGGUAUCUGUAUUGGCAUUGCACCAAUUACAGACGUUAUCUUAAUGAUAGGGAUUUGCCAGCGGAUUACCUUGCUGAAAGACGCAAAAAGGAGGUAAAGGAGGAAGCCAAAAGAGCAGCUAUCAUGCUGACCUUCGACAAGCUAAGCCCAGACGAGCAGGAUAUUUUCUUGACCGGAAAGAUACAAAGGGGGGUCGGACGGUGA